AUGACUUCCCAACCAGAUCCUCAAUCUGGGACAUCCACACCGAGAAAUUUCACGGCCCAAGCCACCUCCGCCGAAGACCUUCUCAAAUCGCAGACAGUCGGGCUCGUCCACCUCGCGGAUUUCCGCAAACGCCGCGCGGACGUACUCGAACAGAAAGAAAAAGAGGCGCGUAAUGAAUCGGUUGGAAGGGGCACACCUGAUGUGGAGGACAGCGACGGUGCGGUAACGCGUCGAGCCGAGCGGCCUCUCAAGAAGAAGAAAAAGACAGCCGCCAAAGGUCUGCUCUCGUUUGGGGGCGACGAAGAAGAAGAUGAUGGCGGCGAAGGAGGAGCAUCAAGCGCAAUCUCAACGCCGGUAUCUAAAAGCCCAAGAAAGUCUGCGAGUGUGGAACGGUCGCCUGAACCGUCUGGAAUUGCCAGUGGUCGAAAAUUCACGCCGAAUCCGAACUCAACGCUCCCUGCUCCAAGAGCCAUGACCAAAGCCGCUCUGGCCGCAGAGGCUGCAGAACGAGAGAGAUUGAGGAAGGAAUUCCUGGAAAUGCAAGAGGCAGUCAAGCAGACUGAAAUAGCCAUCCCGUUCGUGUUCUACGACGGAGCCAAUAUCCCUGGCGGGACGGUCAAGGUCAAGAAAGGAGAUCACAUAUGGCUGUUCCUGGAUAAAUGUCGAAAGCUGGGGGCCGAGCUGGGCGUGACUGGUAGCGGACAUUCCCUCAAGAGCCGCGAGGAAAGUAGGAAGCAGUGGGCCAGAGUCGGCGUGGAUGACUUGAUGUGUGUCAGGGGAGAAGUCAUUGUGCCUCAUCACUACGAGUUCUAUUAUUUCAUUGCGAACAAAAUCCCGGACCCGGUGCGAGAAGGGAAGCUCCUGUUUGAGUAUUCUGGUACAGCUACGAAGAAGCGGGAUGAUGAUGGGUCUGGGUCUUCUCUUCUGCGGGUGCCGGCCAAGGAACAGCAGCUGGAGGGCCAAAAUGAUGAUCCAACACUGACCAAAGUGGUCGAUAGGCGUUGGUACGAGAGGAACAAGCAUAUCUAUCCUGCUAGCUUGUGGAAGGAGUUCAAGGCCGGCAAGGAAUUCGAGGAGCUGGCGAAGGGGCGCAGGGAUGCGCAGGGCAAUGCCUUUUUCUUUGGUUAG